CCUUCCUGUUAAAAUAAAUAUGGGAAGAAGGUGGGCAGCACACUAGCGUGCGCCUCUUCUUCUUCUUCUUCUUCCCCAUUUUGUUUUCUCUUGCCAGUCCUCUAGUGUGCUAUGCACUCUCUCCUCCAAAUCCCAACCAAGAUGAAGGAAUUAGCUUGUGCAUGUUGCAGAGCCCAAUCCCCAUCUCUCUAUUCUUCCAUUCAUCCAAAAAUCAUUUGCAUCAAUAAGCAAAUGCAAGAUUAUGAAGGAAAAGAGGCAGGGAGAGACGGCAGGACCAACAUCUCCAUUUUUGCAAGGUCUGAGGUUCGGCGUUGUCACCAUCAUCAUUGCGGAAACUGUUGUGGCUACUGUCUCCGCCAACCCCAUUCAGAUCCAUCGUUGUUCCCUUCCCUUUUCAUUUUCCAGUAGCUUGCUGAAACUCUUAGCACACGUUUUGUUAAGUGACCUAUGGCUGCUGGCUGAAGACCCAUUGGUGGUCAACUCCACCUAUGUUUAUCUGUUAUUUGCUUCUUAUUGGUGUUUCGGCUAUUCGGAUUUCCUCGUGCUGCAAAUAUGGAAUUGUCCGCACCUUCUCCGUCUACAAGGUGAACAAGUGUAAAUGACGAUCACAUAUUGGUGCUUUUCUUGGUGUACCUUAGUCAGCUACUCCAGUGGGUAUUUGUUGGGCUCUUGUGAGAUGGUUGGUGGUUGCCAUCUAGGGUAUUCUAUUUGUUUUCUGCUUCUGAAUUUAAGUUUCUCUUUUAUUCCUACUCGACCUACGGUCGUUUGCUUGUAAGUUAUUUAAGUGUCCUGUGUUUGAGACCGGCAUAUAAUUCUACUGUAGUAGUUUGUGUUGUGAUACUA